UACGUGGCUACGGCUCUCUGUUGAGGUCUUCCGAGACCCUACGGAACCCUAGCCAUGGCGAAGCCUAGAUCGGGAUCCCUCGUCCUCCUCCUCCUCCUCCUCGCGGCUCUUGUCCUCGCCGCCUCUCCGGCGGCGAUGGCGACCUCCGAUGCCCCCUUCAUGGUUGCGCACAAGAAGGUGAGCCUCACGCGGCAUAAAUCUGGCGUGGACCGAGUCUCCGUCUCGAUUGACCUCUACAACCAAGGAUCCUCGACUGCAUAUGAUGUGAGUCUGAAUGAUGAUAGUUGGUCCCAAGAUAUGUUUAAUCUCGUCUCUGACAGCACAUCAAAGACAUGGGAAAGGCUUGAUGCUGGUUCCUCUGCUUCUCACUCCUUUAUCUUGGAGUCUAAAACAAAAGGCAUGUUCCAUGGUUCUCCCGCUGUCAUCAAAUUCCGUAUCCCCUCAAAGGCUGCACUGCAGGAAGCGUAUUCUACUCCCAUUUUGCCAUUAGAUGUUCUUGCUGACAAGCCUCCUGAAAAGAAGUUAGAAUGGGCAAAGAGGCUGUUGGCAAAGUAUGGAUCUCUGGUGUCGGUUCUGACACUGGUCGGACUGUUCAUCUAUGUGAUUGCAACUCCAUCGAAGAUGACGAGCAAGAAGAGGCGGUAAAUUGCAGUAUCUGGUGGAUGUUUGCUUGAUUUUUCUUUGAAGAUACCCUGGAGGACUGUAAGCUGAGUUUUGCUUCGUCAUGCUUAAAACAUAACCUUGUGCCGUCGCUAGGACUGGUAGAGGCUUCAAGGGUUUAACCUUUGUCCUUGGCUGAUAUUUGUAGCGUUCCUAAAUCCACUAGAAUUUGAAUUUGGAUGAAACGUAUGCAUCGAAACUUCCCACAGGCAUCUGUCUAAAGCCAUCCAGAUCUGAGGGGCGUGGCUCUGCUGUCCUGGCUCAGUUUGUCGCAGGACACGGUAACCUGUUGUUGGCCGAGGCUGCAGGGGCCCAAGCUCGCGAAGGUGGACCCCGCUGGAACCACCACUGUCCGGCUGCCGCGUCUGAGCACAACCCAGCUGUCUGGAAAUGGACGCGUGAGGCCAUCGCCUGGUGGCUGUACUUAAAGGUGUUCGAUGGUCAUCCUCAGGUAAUCGCAGAGCAUCCAAAAAAUAGUACUGCCGCUGUCGAGGUCUGCUGUUUUCCCCCCUUCCCUAUUCCUUGGUUUGAAAUUUCUUGGCAUGCUUUGCUUU